AUGACAAGUUGGAAUCGUGAUUCAAACCAUAAACCAGAGAAAGUAGUUGGAAUUGCAGCUGCCACAUAUGUCAUUACCUCGACCAGAGAACCGUGCAUCCAUGACCAGAAAAAGAGCAAUACACGUCUUGAACCCUCUUUGAUGAAAGACAAGAGCAAAAAGGAAGAUGCGUCUUCAACAUCAAAACCUGGCACUGUAUCCGAACAAUUUUUAGGUGAAGGUUCAAAGAAAGUUUCAGAAAGAGCAGACAGCAAAGUGCCAGUAAUCAAUGCUGCAUAUGAAACGGAACGUAGACGUGUGCCAUCAUUUAAAAGACCUCUUAGUUUUUCCGAUCAAAUGGGCAGCUCUAGCCGCACACAACUCGGAAGUUCCCAGAACUCUGAAACACUUUACAGUCAACCAGAAAGUGCAGCGCCAAGACCAGACCAACAUAUCAUGAAACCAGGAAUUCCAGCAACAAGACCCGAACUGCCUCCAACUAUUAACCCUGUGGCUCCAGUGACAGAAGCCGAAAGACAAAGUGGAGUAAGGGCAGGGUCAGAGCAGGCAAAAGCAGAUUCUUGGGAGAAGGCUCAGAUGGCUAAGAUCAAAGAACGGUAUGUGAAGUUAAAUGAAACCAUAGCUGCCUGGGAGGAAAAGAAAAAGAAGAAGGCCAGAAGCAAGCUGGAAAAAGCAGAGAAGAGCGAAUCGGAGAAAAAGAUAGCAAAAGCAUUGGCAAAAUUUAGGAAUGAAAUGGACUACAUCAAACAAGUUGCAGAUGGAGCAAGAGGAGAGGCAAAGGCAAGGCAAAGAAAUGACGAGCUUAAAGCAAAGGGAAAGGCAAAUAUAAUUAGAACAACAGGAGAGCUUCCAGUGACAUGCUUCUGCUGUCAAACUUAACUGAUACUGUAGCAUCAUGAGUUUGAAGUUAACAUAUGUAAAGAUCAUUAACACAAUGCGACUAACUAAAGGAUGCCAAUCACAAGUGGAAACACCAUAAUUUGAAUUAUUUAGCACUUGUUCCAAUCAAGAAUUCUUCAAGAACCUUGUGUAGCUUUACUAAUAUUUCUGAUAACUGAUGUU